AUGGCGCCCCUCCUACCACAUUUGAAGCGCUUUUUUGGAGGCUCCAGAAAGAACAAGCAUGCAGCCAAUGAGAGAACAUGUGAAAUUGACAGGCCGAACAGUGCGCCUCGGGUUGCAACGGUGAAUACCAAACCUGCACUUCCUAAAUCGCCAUCCUCUUUUAUUGUACCAGGAAAAACAACAACUGAGCCGCCAUCGAUGGAAACAAAUCUCAAUCAACAGGGCUGGGUAGAUCCCUGGACUCGAGCGUUCGAAAUAUUCCAGGAGAGAAACCAUGAUCAAGAUCUUGUGACAAUCUACAAAAACCAUGUAGGCUCUUUCCAGGGAAACACUAGUGAUAUCAGCGCAGACAGCCUCAGCCCCAGUUCCGUCGAAGCCGCAGUAAACAAGCUUGUGAAGGACCGAGAGAGGAGGCAAUGGAAGAUUACAAUUAAUGACAAAGAAAUCAAAAUACGAACACAGUUCGAGAAACUAGUGAAAUUUGUCCUUUGGUCCGAUGAUUUCGUGGCAACUGCCGUCAAGGCUCAGCCAUAUGCCGCACUUGCAUGGUCCGGCGUAUCCUUGAUUAUGCAACUUUUAACAAGUGGCAUGUCACAAAAUGAAGACAUGCUUGAAGGCUUCAACACCAUUCUUGACCUACAAAUGUAUUGGCAAAUUUGUGAGCAGAAGUAUCUUGACCUCGAACAUCGACAGGACUACGAGGCUCUAGUUGAGCCCCUGGCCAAGCUCUACUCAUAUAUGAUUGAGUAUCAGGCUCAAGUCUUAGAUCAUUUGGCCAGUCCCCAACGAUCCCGCGCAUGGAAGGAUAUACAAGGGACUAGCCUUUGGUCUGGCCCUAUGGAAAAUAUCAACAAACUGGAUCAAUUCUGCCGCGAUCGCUUCAUCCCUGUCGGAGAAUGUUCUGAAAUUCGGAAAUCUAGGGAAGAGCAACUCCAAGCGCUACGCCAAACACGUGACUUCAGCGAAAGGAUUCUUCAACAUAUGGUGGAGCAUCGAAGAGAAGACCAGGAAAGAAGGCUACUGGAAGAUUUUGCCAAAGUCGCGGGCGAUUACAAGCGAUACAAGGAUAGCAACCCUACGAGAGUUUCUGGGACCUGUGAGUGGUUCUUGAAGGAUGAACGAUUUACCAAAUGGAACAGUAUUAGCUCAUCAGAUCUACUCUGGGUUUCUGCGAACCCUGGAUGUGGAAAGUCAGUGCUGUCAAAGUCACUACUUGAUGAAGGACAUCUGGACUCGCAUACCACCAUCACCAUCACAUCAGAUUCAGUCAUUCAUAACCCAAAGCCUGUUGUGACUUACUUCUUCUUCAAGGAAGGUGGAGAAGGAAAGAUGGAUGGUUCCCAUGCCCUAUGUGCACUCCUGCAUCAACUCUUCACAUUUCCUUCCACCUCAAACGCAAUCAUGCAUGCCCUUCCGUUUCACAAAGCAAAUGGGACUACCCUGACCUCCAAGUUCUCCGAUCUCUGGCAAAUCCUGGUAGAUUCUGCCAUAGGCUCAGAUGCCCGUGAAAUCAUCUGUGUUUUAGAUGCUCUGGAUGAAUGUGAUAAGGGUAGUAGAGGUUGGAUCCUGGAAAAGCUGAAAGAGUUCUAUUCCGACGAAGAGUUGCGGUCAAAAUCGAAGCUCAAGUUUCUUGUCACAAGUCGUCCAAUUUCCCAUUUGGAAUACUCCUUCGAAAAUUUCCCAAAGAAUGCAGCCUAUGUGCGUCUUGAUGGUGACGAAAAGCAUGAGCAGAUCCGUGAAGAAAUAGACCUUGUUAUCGAUGCUGAAGUCGAACUUUUGACCAGAAAGUUCAGUGAUAGAAUCCGCAAUGCUGAAAAGAUUAAAUCACGUCUUAAGAGCAUGGAGAAUCGCACUUACCUAUGGCUUUAUCUAACACUUGAUUAUAUCAAGGCAGAGCCUACCAAGUUUGCCAAACCUGCAGACGUGGAUAGGCUACUUUCUCAUUUACCCAAGAACGUCUCUGAAGCCUAUGAAAAAAUGUUAAGUGGGAAAAAGAAUGAUCCACGAACAAAUAAUCUUCUUCAGCUUGUGCUCGCUGCUGAAAGGCCUCUGACUCUCAUUGAAGCCAAUGUUGCAUUGACACUUGGUCUUCGAGAACAAAGAAUGGAUUCACACACAACUCUUAUGGAUGAACUGUGGUCACCGGAAGCAUUUGAAGACGUCGUGAAAGAAUAUUGCGGUCUUUUCAUUAGUGUUCACGACUCAGAGCUUUCCUUCAUCCACCUGACGGCCAGAGAGUUUCUUACAAGGAAGCGAGAAAAGGCGAAAGGGGAAGGGGAGGAUGUAUACUGGGAAGGGAGAUUCAGCGCCCAACAGUCUCAUAGCAUAAUGUUACAAGUAUGUCUCGAUUACUUGUUGAUUCCUGACAUUGGCGGACCUAUCAAUGAAUACGGCCGAUUGAGUUAUAUCAACGACGAAUCAUACCACUUCCUGUCUUAUUCAGGAAAUUAUUGGCCUUCUCACUUCAUUCACUGUGGAGAUAUCCCUCUCGAGGCAGACUUAUAUCGCGUGCGCAUUCUCUGUGAUCCAUCCGCCCGUUAUAUACAGACUUGGACAUUUGUUUCUCAAGGUUUCCUAUACUACCAUUAUGGCUGGUCAGAUUGGACGUAUCUGGGAUUUGCAGCCUAUCUUGGGUUGAAGAGCUUUGCUCGAUUACUGUUAGAGGGUGGUGCCGACAUCAAUAAGGGGCGAGAUAAGCCAUUACAGCUAGCUGCAGACCGGGGCCACGAAGAAAUAGUUAAAAUGUUACUAGAGAACGGAGCCGAUCCUAGUGGUGGGGGCGCCAACUACAGCACAGCGCUUGUGUGUGCAUCAUUAAAUGGCUACCAACGCGUCGUUCAGCUAUUACUUAGUCAUGGAGCCAACCCAAACGAACAAUCUCGAGAAUGUGGGACAGCACUCGCAGCAGCGGCAGGCGGCGGAUACGAGAAGAUCAUUGAGACCUUGCUCAAGCAUGGAGCUGAUGUUAAUACCCAAGAUGAAGAGGGCAAUACAGCACUCGCAGCAGCGGCAGGCGGCGGAUACGAGAAGAUUAUUGAAACCUUGCUCAAGCAUGGAGCUGAUAUCAAUGACUCAGGUAAAAAGUAUGGUACAGCACUCCAUGCAGCAGCAGCGUAUGGACACCAAGGGAUCUUUGAGAUGCUUCUUCACCGUGGUGCUGAUAUCAAUGCCUCAGGUAAAAAGUAUGGUACAGCACUCCAUGCAGCAGCAAGUAAUGGACACCGAGGGAUCUUUGAGAUACUCCUUCACCGUAAAGCAGAUAUCAAUGCUCCAGGUGGAAUAUAUGGCACGGCACUGGAGAAUGCAGCAGGUAAAGGAUAUCAACAGAUUGUCGAAACAUUACUCAGCCAUGGAGCUAACGUGAAUAUACAAAAUGAGUUUGGCGAAACACCACUCCAUGAAGCUUCACUUCAGGGUCACCAACAGAUUGUCGAAACAUUACUCAGGCAUGGAGCCGAGGUCAAUAUACAAAGUAAAAAUGGCGAUACACCACUCCGUGAAGCUUCAGUUCGG